AAUUAAACUCUGUUUGUGUCUUUUUGGCAGCUUGAGCAAUAAUUUUAUAUCUUGGGGGUUGAUAACCUUCCAGCCACAAGUUUUCUUUACAUUUUAAUAAAUAGCCCAUUAUUAUUUUGAAAAGAAGUGAGUAAAUACUUGUGAACUGUGAAAUAACAAUAACCCUUGUUGCUUUGAUUCUAAUCACAAGCUGCUGAAAUGUGGCUCAUGGGCCUAGCUUCAUGGCAAAACUAAAUAUAUGUGUGGAUAUGACUCUAUAUCUAUUUAAUCAUAACUCCUGGAACUUUGACAUUCUGGUUAAGAUACACCAGUUAGCCAAGAGCUGCUGCCACAGACUUAUCUUGCCAUUGUUGCAACUUGUUGAAUUCCUACUGAUACUUUCUCCUCAACUCUAUUACUGAUCAUGAAUUUCUUGUUUACUAUUUGCUACAAUUAUUUGGACCAUCCCCCUUUACAUGCAUACCGAAUGACAAAUGGCAAUACCAUAGCCACGCAGAUUGACCUACAUUUACCACCCCACUUCACUGGCCUAAAUCUAAGGCUUAGCCAUAUUGAAUACACCCACACAUAUAAAUACAGCUAUUCAUAGUCUACGUUUUGUGUCAACUUGAAACUUUUAUGUAUACCAACUGAAGUUUUACUUAACCAAUGCAUAUCUGCAAAAGAAAACUAGAAAACAUAGGAACACAGUAUAAAAUAUAUAGUUACUAACUUAGGAACUGUUUGGAAAUGGAGCGAUAUUUAAAAAACGAACCAAAAUUAACUGCUUUUAAAAAUCUUAAAUCUGAUCAAAAUUCUUUUGAUGAUUUUAAUGAUGAAGAUGAAGAAGAUGAGAAUGCUGAUAGCAAUGGUGAUGGUUUUGAAGAGAUGGAAGACCUCAAUUUGGAAGAUCAGACAAUGGAUUCUGUUAGUGUGCACAGUUUUGAAUCUUCUUCAAGUGGUGUGUCAUGGGAUAGCAAUUUGAGUGACACACCAGUUUCCCCUCAUAAAUCUCCAAAAGAUUCUAUAAUUGGAAGCUGCCUCUUAAAAUGUCGGGUUGGACAUAAAUUAAACAAUACUGAAAGAAGUGAAAUAAAAAAAGUUGCCAUGUACUCAUCACCAGGAAAACAAUCACGUUCAUACUCUCUUCAACCAGGACACAUUGCUCAAGUAAUUCACCAAUUUGAAAAUGGAUCAAGUUCAGACAUUAGAAGAAGAAUACACAAAUGUUUCUAUGAGGGCUGUAAAAAAGUCUACACAAAAAGCUCUCAUUUAAAAGCUCAUCUUCGAACGCAUACAGGGGAGAAGCCAUACAAGUGUUCAUGGAUGGGAUGUGAAUGGAGAUUCGCCCGGUCUGAUGAGCUCACGCGGCAUUACCGCAAACACACUGGUGCUAAACCUUUUCAAUGCAAGUACUGUGACCGUUGCUUUUCGCGAUCUGAUCAUUUGGCAUUACAUAUGAAGAGACAUCCACCUGCUGAACUUUGACCCCAGCACUAGCAAUAAUUUUAUUAUAUCCACUCAAAACAUCAUCAUUUUGCCGACUGCUGCAAUUUACUUGGGUGUCAGCAAUUUGGCUUCUAACACAUCUGUGAUAUUUUUUCUUCUAGUAUAGCUGUAUUUACUUUUUAUUAUCAAAUCAAUUGUUUAUAGAUGUGUGCACACACAAGCACAAUAAUAUGCAUACCUUAUCCUCCUUCCAUCUCUCUGUACGUUUAUAUAUGUAUAUAUAUAUAUAU